GAAUCAAUACUGUCGAUCUCGAAAUGGAGAAAUUCUCCGUUCCCUCUCUCACGUUCACACUGAUCCUUCUUAUUCAUUCAGCGGAUUCUUCGACCAAUCCGCUCAUCGAAUCUUCGAAACUCCUCGAUCUUCUCAUUAGAGAUUACACAUUUAAAUCUCUGAGGAAACACUCGAUCAAAACCGGCGUUCUUCGACCGGUUCAUCUCCCAUCAAACUACUCCGGCAUAACAGUGGAUACUGUCAGAUUCCGAUGUGGAAGCCUUCGGAGAUACGGAGCUCAAGUCAAAGAGUUCAAUGUCGGCGUCGGAACAAUCCUUCAACCGUGUCUCGAACGUCUUCUGUUGGUCCGACAAAUAUUGGGUUCACAUUGGUCCGACAUUUACUACACCAACUACGAUCUUUCUGGUUACAAGCUCGUAUCUCCGGUCCUAGGGCUCUUGGCUUACAACGCUAUCAACAACGACUUCACCAACACUAGUAGUUCUUACGAGAUAAACCUCGCCGCCGGUAAGAAUCCGAUCACCGUCGAUUUCCAGAACGUAUCAAGAUCGGUGGAGAGAACGUUCUUGAACAAACCCUUGUGCGCAAGCUUUGGACUUGACGGGAAAGUGACGUUAACGGGAGAGGUAACGCCGUUAGUCUGCGCCGUGAAAACGCACGGGCAUUUCGGGUUGGUGGUGACGGAGACGAGGAAGGAGGAAAGCGGGAGAUCGGAUGGUGGAGGAGGAGAGAUCAAGAAGGGGGAGAAGAUCAGACGGUGGAGAUCGGUGGUUGGAGGGUUUGUGGGGUCGGUGGUUCUGGGGGUUUUGCUUCUCGGUCUGGUUUUAAUGGCGGCGGUUUUGGCGGCGAGGAAGAAGAAGAGAAGGGUGAAAAGGGAAGAGAUGGAGAGAAGAGCUUUCGAAGAAGAAGCUCUGAGAGUUUCCAUGGUAGGUCAUUCUAGGGUUUUCUCCGCUUCUGCUACGAGGACGUUGCCUGCUUUCAUGGAACACGAGUGCGUUCCUAAUUAGAUAAAUUUUCGUAUUUUUUAUAAUUUUUUUCAAUAUAUUUUAUUUUGACAAUGUUUUUAUGUGUACACUAUGCUCAAUCGUUAUAGAAACUGUGAUUAAAAUGCUCGA